AUGAGUUGGAAACUUGUGAUUGUACUUGUCUUUGUAAACACGGCAGCUCAAAACAUCACUGAAGAAGAGAAUAUAGUCGUCUUUGGCAAUGGAUGCACGGUGAUUGUAAGUUUAAAACGUGCCGGAAAGAUUGAUUACAUAUGUAGAAUGACGUCGUUCAUGAGUGCGAUGGCUCCAAUCAUACGCUGACUGAUAAGGAAAGGAAGGAUAUUGAAAAAUGGAACAAUGGGUUUCAGGACUAUAUCCAGAAACUGGUAAGCAAUCACGGGUAUUGAACAACCUUAUUAAAAGUCCUAAAGCUUUUGAUGUCAUACAUUAUACAUACUAAUGAGGUGAAUAAUUUGUAUUAUUUACUAAAAGGGCAGUCUUUUUCAGUCGGGCCAUUUCGACUCUCCCAAAGUUUUGAAUACAUGUUUUUCAAAGUUCAAAGAAUGUUCCCUACAAUUAUUAACUCGCGCUUUCCCACAGCCACCGGGAUAUUCAACGACAUGAUUUCGGAGAGCAUGCGAAGUGCGCUCGUCCCGACUUUCCGGGUCGACCACAGUUCGGGCCAACACAAAACCGAUUGGUACGGGGCGUAGGCAGGCGGAUACCCAAAAAGGGUUUAGGAAGUGCCUACGAGGCCUGGUAAAGCCGUUGGAUCGUCUGCGAAAGCUCAGCAAAGGCUCGACGAAAGCUUGGCAAAGGCUUCCAAUAUCACCACUUUUUCUAAUUUUAGUUAUUGCUAACGUUAGUUUUGUUUAUCCUGAGUUAUUGUAACGUAUUAAAGGUCAAAAUUUGCGGCAAAAAACAAAGCUCUGUAGCUUUUAUCUAGCUAUUAUCGAUGUGGGUAAAUGUCAAACACCUCAAAAUAGGUGAUAAGCUAUCCUAGGACCAGAUGAAUCUUGUUAUUUCUACUAACUGAGCCUUUUCCUAGCCUCCCCUUGCAUACAACGACGAACCGGCGCGAUCCAUAUAUUGUUGAGCCGAACUGUCGCUGACUCGGAAAGUCGUAGCGUAUUUUUUUCGUUUUUGAUUGAAAUUUUAGAUGAAGUAUUAUUUUCCGCUACGAACCGGCUAUUUUCAAACCAAAAGUUAAAAAAACAAAACUUUUUUUAAAAACAGCAAAUGUUUUUUAUCGGACAAAGCAAAGCGCCUUUCUUUAUUUUUCCUUAGGAUUCCCGGUUUCGAAAGGUCAGGCACAGUUACGGUAUAUUUUGUUUGCAAAAAUAAAAUUUUUCCGAGCAGAAGAAAAAACAUAUGGCGGAAAGCCUCUUACAUCUAGCUGAUUCACCUAAUUCGUGCGUUCUCUUGCAAGGAAGACCUUAAAUAGUAUGGUAUUAUCCUGCUUGCAAAAAAAUUGUUUGUGCCUCGAAUUUGGAUCUCUUGCAAAAAAAUUUGGAGAAUACAAAUACCCUGCCUUAAAGAUCUCGUCGUUAGACAAUUCAAAAUUUCAGUUUCCUCCUGGCUUUCCCUUCGCACCGCCUCAGAAUCCCGGCACACCGCCGACUCCAGUAACUCCGUGCAAAAUAACUUGCCCCGCUUCGAAAACCGCCCAUAAAUUGAACGGCGAUCAGGCCAAUUUUAGCAUUCCGGAUGUUUUUGGUGACGAUUUUCUAGAAUGA